UUCGCUGCUCGUCAACUUCCUCGUUUGCCCGAAAGAACUGUUUCCUCUUUCGCUUACUGAUGAGGCUCUUCUUUCGGGGCUCAGCUUCGGACCAGUCUGCUCUGUGAUCCCGCCAAAGACGACCAAAUUUGAACUUCACAGAGUAAUAUGAAUGCAGUUUGCUGUUGGGAGUGACUUCAGUUUUAAAUACUGACAGCACAUCGUGGAGCCGUGGAGCUUCUGCAGGACUGCUUCGAUGCGUCCCCUUGUGUGUGUGUGUGUUCAAAUGACUGUACGUGAGUGAAAUGGUGUACAUAGGUGUGAUAGCAAUGCAUAUCUAUAAGCAGUAGCAUACGCGCUGUGUGUGGCUGGGUGUGAAUGUGUUGAGUGUGUUUCUGUGUGUGUGUGUGUGUGUGUGUGUGAGUGUGAUGUCGGGAGACACCAGCACCCUGUCCUGGAGGAGCAUGUCUCCCACCAGCCAGUCAGACUCCUCGGACAUGUCUCCCACGGCACACAUCACCAGGGACGGCGUCCUCCCAGUGAAGAUCAUCAAAGUGUGUUUCCUUAGCAACAGCUCCAACCUGGGCAAGAACUUCAAACUGGUCCGCUGUGAGGAGGGAUGGACUGUCAGGGCUGUCAUGAAUGUGGUGCUGUCCAGCGGCUGUGUGGGCCCGGACAUAAAAUACAGCCUCUGCUACGGCCUCCUCCUCAAACACCUGAAGUCCUCGGCGACACACUGGCUGCACCCGGACCUGACGGUGUCAGAGCUCACCCAGCGCUAUGAGCAGCAGCACCUAGAGGCAGAGUGGAGAUACGAUCUGAGGAUCAGAUACAUCCCAUCAGACUUCAAGGAGAAAUUCAAAGAUGACAGAACCACUAUGCUCUACUUUUACCAGCAGGUACGAAGUGAUUACAUGCAGCAGUGUGCCUCAAAAGUCAGCGAUGGGAUGGCUCUGCAGCUCGGCUGUCUGGAAAUAAGGAGAUUCUACAAAGAUAUGAAUCCAAACGGACUGGAGAAGAAGUCCAACUUUGAACUGUUAGAGAAAGAUGUGGGGCUGGACCUGUUCUUUCCCAGAGAGCUGAUCAACAGCAUGAAGCCCAAGCAGUUACGUCGGCUGAUCCAGCAGACGUUCCAGGGCUACUCCACUCUGAAGCAGGACCAGUGCAUGAGCCGGUUCUUCACCACUCUGGCUCAGUGCUACAGCUACACACGGGAGAGCUUCGCAUGCCAGCUGGUGCAUGGUUGGAAUCUAACAAUAGACCUGGUCAUCGGCCCUGAAGGCAUCAGUCAGCAAACUGAAAACUCCACACCCAUCUGUUUGGCCAAGUUCUCUCAGGUGCGCAGCAUCUCGUACUCUGCUGAGAGUGACGGUCGGGCUCUGCUCACUGUUCACAUAGAGGGAGCCAAGCAGCCGCUGUCAGUGAACAUAUCCUCUCUGGCCAUGGCAGAAAACAUGGCCGACCUCAUUGACGGCUACUGUCGACUGGAAGGCGACGCUGAGGGCUCCUUCAUUAUCCGGCCCAACAAAGGGAGAGACACAAGACUGAAACUGCCUGACAUCCCAAAACAUGCUGGCCCCAGUGGUCCUGAUAGAGGUUUGAGUUCAGAUAUUUAUGCUGAGAUUCCAGAGGGCACAGCAGACUCUUGCGAGAAGCACAGAAUCUCCAGAGAUGACAUCGCUGUGGGUCGGAUCCUGGGUGAGGGAUUCUUCGGAGAGGUUCACAAUGGAGUUUAUAAAAGCCCAACAGGAGAGAGAAUCUCUGUGGCCAUCAAAACAUGCAAGGACUGUUCAGCUGACGUAAAGGAGAAGUUUCUCAGUGAAGCCGGCCUGAUGAAGAGUUUAGACCAUCCCCACAUUGUGCGUCUGAUAGGAGUCAUAGAGGUCGAUCCUGUCUGGAUUGUCAUGGAGCUCUAUGAACAUGGAGAGCUGGGGAACUAUCUGGUGGAGCAGCAGUACACCCUGACCACUGCGACGUUAAUCCUGUACUGUCUACAAAUCUGCAAAGCCUUGGCCUACCUGGAGGGGCUCAAUAUGGUGCACAGAGACAUCGCGGUGAGAAAUGUGUUGGUGGCGUCCCCUGAAUGUGUCAAACUCGGGGACUUCGGUCUGUCUCGCUACGUCGAUGAACAGGAGUAUUACAAAGCCUCAGUUAGUCGAUUGCCGAUCAAAUGGAUGGCACCUGAGUCCAUCAACUUCAGACGCUUCACCACAGCGAGUGAUGUCUGGAUGUUUGGUGUGUGCGUGUGGGAGAUCUUCUCAAUGGCCCAGCAGCCGUUCUUCUGGCUGGAGAACGGGCAGGUGAUCAACCAGCUGGAGUCGGGGGUUCGACUCCCCAAACCGCAGCUCUGCCCGCCCACCAUCUACUCUCUGCUCACCCGCUGCUGGGCCUACGAGCCGCGAGGCCGGCCCAGCUUCAGCCAGCUCGUCUGCUCCCUGAGUGAGAUCCACAGGACGGAGCUGGAGCAGGAGGUGGGUGUGAGGAAAAACAGAGCACGCCCCAUCUCAUCAAUAUUUGAGCCGAAGCACGCUGAGCCUCCACCCAAGCCAUCCAGAAUACAAGGCAACACUCUUCCUCGGGUCAAGCACACACAGGGAGCAGAAAGGGAUAGCAGGCCGGCGUGGGAGAAAGAGAGGGCUCAAGUGGAGGACACUUUACAAAGACAAAGGCGGGAGAUGCUGAUGGAUAAACAGUGGCUGGAGCAGGAGGAGAGACAGCUGGAUCCUGCCGUGCGAUUGGAUUCACACAUCAAGCCGCAUGAAAAAAGCCCAGAAAAUGGACCUCCAGAGAAGCCUCCAAUGCCUCCGACAGUCACACAGGAGAAGAAAAGCACCCCUUUGCCUCGGCCCACAGCUGAGCUGGACCGAUCAGGUGAUCAGGUUUACAUCGGCGUCAUGGCGAUGGUGAAACAGGUGGUCCAGCUGAAGAAUGAUGUCAACACGCUGCCUGCCUCAGAGUAUCCCAACGCCGUCAAGGCGGUGGGCGUCACCCUCCGUAGCCUGAUUCAAAGUGUGGAUGAGAUCCUGCCAUCGCUGCACAGCUCUGUCUCAACAGAGAUUGAGGGCACUAAGAAACUGCUGAACAAGGAUUUGGGGGAGCUAAUCAAUAAGAUGCGACUGGCCCAGCAGAACGCCAUAACGUCACUGAAGGAGGAGUGUCAGCGGCAGAUGCUGGCGGCCGCCCACACUCUGGCACUGGACUCCAAAAACCUGCUGGACGCUGUGGAUCAGGCUCGAGUGCGGGCCAACCUGGCCAAGCCCAAACCUGCCUCACAAGAGGCAGAGGACUGUGAGGGGGUCUCCCAAGCUCCUCGUUGAUCGACUGGACAUGUGGACGUCCUGGUUUAGACUGUGAGAGUGUGCAACACUUCCUGAGCUCAUGCUAAUGAAAGAUGUCGUAAUAUAUUUGCAUUGUCUCCUAAGACUCCCAAACUGAGCAUUUCUUCAAGACGAACAAGUCAAAGAACCACAAUGUCUAAAACUAGUAAAGUUCAUACUGUCCUCCUUUUUUUUAUCCUUUUUCUAUUUUUCCUAUUAAAGGCAAUGGCAUUCUGCACUUUCUAUGUUGUUUUUUUUCCCUUUACAAUGUCAAGUACUAUUCAAAGGUUCACUGGUGCAAUCAAAGUAAAGCCACAAUAAAAGACAUGCAUGGAUGUACAUGAGGGCAGGA